AUGCUCGUUAAUUGGAAACUCGCCCAGGCCACCAGUGUUGAACAGCAGAUGACCACUUUGCGCACAGCAUUGGAGAAGAUCGGAAGGGCAGAUAUCGCCGAAUUCCCCCAAGUUAUAUCACAAACCGAGGAGACCGCUGGAUCAGGUAUAUCACAUACCAAGGAGACUGCUGGAUCAGAUCCAGAGACGACAGUAAGCAAUGUCAGGCAGGCUCCAGUGAAUCCACAACCACCUUUACAAGAGUACAGGAUGGACCGGAAACCAAGGGGGCUGUGUUUGAUCAUCAACAACAACACAUUUGACAAACCUUUGAAACCCCGCCCAGGAAGCGAAAUAGACACAGGUAAAUUGGACAAACUGUUCACAAAACUCCAUUUUAAGGUGGAAGUGAAGGAGAAUCUUACAGGCUCUGUCAUGUGCACUCUGUUCCAAGACGUCAGUCAGUCACACAGACACAAAAACUAUGCAUGUUUUGCAUGCUGUAUUAUGACACAUGGGACAUUGGAUGAAGUAUGGGGCACGGAUGGCAUGCCUCUGAAGAUAAAUUGGAUCCAGGGACUUUUCACGGCAGAUUCAUGCAACAGUCUUACUGGCAAGCCAAAACUGUUUUUCAUACAGGCUUGUCGAGGCAGCAGCCAUCAAAUAGGAGUACAAGAAAUGGAAACUGAUGAUCCGGGUGAUAUAGUUGCUCCCACACCCAACACAAUACCCAAUGAAGCUGACUUUCUGGUAAGCAACUCCACUGUACCUGGAUAUGUCUCAUACCGUCAUCCAAGACAAGGUUCUUGGUAUGUCAGUGCGUUAGAAGAUGCGAUUUCCGAGCAUCACAAUACGACUGAUAUGCUAAGCAUGUUAAUUAUAGUGAACCAAAUUCUGUGUGAUCGGAAUGCAAAAACAAACCAGGGCAUCGGGAAACAGGUGUCAACACUCAGCUGUACAUUUAGGCGUGCUCUGUAUCUGCGUAGUUAGGUUAAGUAAAUAAAAAAGGUCAUAAAAAGCUAGGUGAGAUAUUACGACCACACAAAACGGACAAUUAAAUCAGUACCCUAUUCUUGCUUUGGCUCAAGGGGACAAGAUGGGUGUUUUAUUUUCUUGAAAAACAAACAAACCCACAAUUAACCACUGUGCUUGCCAGGGUCUAGUGGCCGACUGAAAUCUAAAACCGAAACCAGAUCCAUUAGCAAUAGCCUUAUGAACAAGUCAAAGAACAGCCAAGGUAGAAGUAAAAAGGUCAUAAAAAUAUAUUUCGCAUCAAAUCGUAUAGUGUUGUAAUUCCAUGCCAAUGCAAUUGCUUAGACUGACUGAUAUAAGCCAUGCCCACUAAU